GAACAGUGCAUUUCUCAUUGAACACUCUCACCCGUGCAAAAUUUUCUUAAAUUGAAAAAAUACUUCUUUAAUUAAUUUUAGGCGAUUAAGAAAGAUACAACAAGAGAAAUGUUCAAUUUAAGUCGAUAUGCAACUUUAAGUAGUUUUGUAAAGAAUUUCGGUGCAAGCAGGAAAAUAUUUGCAUCUACAUCUGUUUUGGCAGAUAAAAAAGAUUCCGUUGAUAAUCAGAAACCUGAGAAAGAAGUAAAGCAAAUAAAAAAUCCUACUGUUGCUGCGGUAUUUGCGACUCUAAACGAGCCUGAUCAACCGAAUGUAUCAGAAAGAAUAAACAAAAAUCAGAAAAUUCACAUUGAUAAUGUAAUUUCGAAAGCAAAUACAGUCAAUGGAUUAUUGAGCAUUGCAGAUAACCGAAGCGACCUCAACAGGAAACAUGCUCUUAAAAUUGUUUCGAUCUUAGCCGAAUGGAGCACAAUAAAUCGAACAAAAGUUUCUGAAUUCGAAAACGAUCCACGCUUCACGAAACUCUGCAGAAUGUUGGGAAGAACUUUAAAUAUAAAAAAUGCAGUCAGUGCAAAUAUGAAUACUAACAACAACGAUCGUGCUUUGAACAAAAUCUCCAGCUUCAGGACUGACGAUUUGAAUGUUGUUUUGGGCGUGACUGGAGAUGAUGAAGCAGCAAAGCUUGUUGCAAGUAUUUCACUGCCCCAAAUGGUGAAAGUUAUGAAGAACUUAGCUAUAAAGAAAAAACGCAGCACGCCUUUACUACAUGCACUUGCAAAUAACAUAAGCAGUUGCAGUCAACAAUUGGAUAUCAAGCAAUGUGCUGACGUUCUCUACUCUAUGUCCAUUCUAAAUUUCCUAGACACAGUUUUGUUAACAAAGCUUGGAAAUGACAUUCAAGAGAACUUGAAAUUACCAGUAGAAAGGUCAUCAGUUAUUGGAUCCAUCAUAAGCAGUCUUGGUUUCCUUAAAUAUCGCGAUACUUUAGUUCUCGAUAUUCUUUGUGACUGGAUUGUCAAGACCCAUGAAAUAUGCCGGCCACAAGACAUUACAGCAAUGUUUUUUAGUCUAGGAUUGCUUAAUUACAUGCCUCCUAACAUGGAAGAGUCUUUGAAGACCAAACUCGUGGAAUCAUUGACACCAUUGGAUUUCAAGAAUCCUUCAGAUUAUUUGAGUUACGUUUGGAGUUUAUUGGCUCUAAAUAUUUCUUCAGAAGAUCUUUUAAGUCACGUGCUUCAACAAGAUUUUAUUGAUAAACUUACAAGAUCAAGUGUCGAUAGGGAACUACAUGCAGCAGUGAAAAUGAAGCUUUUAAACAUCAACGCUAAUGUGAAGUUUAUACCAACUUACAAAGGAUCAAUGUUAUCACGAGAGAAACAUAAGGAAAUUUAUAAUGUUCCUUUGGUUUACAAUAAAGAAAAGCAAGUUAUCGUCAAUGGUAUGCAGGAUGCAAUCAGAAGUCUUGUACCUGAAGGAUUAUUGACUCUUAAUCGAGAUACCAACAUGGGAUUUGUUAUUGAUGCUGAAAUCUAUGUGAACGACAAAGGAACUCCCGUUGAAAAAGACACAAAAGAUGCUAAAAAAGUUGCUAUAAUGAUGCACGACUACAAGGAUGCAUGUCAUGGACCUCAUUUCCACCUUAAUGGCAUCACUUCACUAAACGCGCGACUGUUAACUUUAGCAGGCUAUCACGUUUUAAGUGUACCUUAUACCGAAUUCAGUAUAAGUGAUAAAGUUCUUAAGAGAGUUCAGUAUCUCGAAGCAUUAAUUAGGUCGCUAAACAAAAAUUAAAAAUAAUUGUGUAGUAUUGUAACUGACAACUUAAUAUGAAAUUUUCAAUUCAAUAUUAAAUAAAUAAAUGAAAAUUAUUCUGAAUCGUUUUGACACUAACU